CUCUAUAAAUUCAUUGCUGAGCUCUUACUACCUAGUCAGCUACAAGUAGCUUCUCUCUCUUUUUUGUCUCCCCCUCUCGAUCUCUCUCUUACAAUGGGUGUUGGGAUUCUUUUCAGAGUGGCAGCCUUCCUUGCUACUGUUUUCUUCAUCAGCCAUCUCAUUCUGACCGAUGCGGCAUUGGAAGAGCUUGAUGGUCUUCUUCCUAAUGGGAACUUUGAGGAAGCACCAAGUCCUUCCAACCUGAAGAAGACUGUCAUCAUAGGCAGGUAUUCACUGCCCAAAUGGGAGAUCCAUGGCAUGGUUGAGUACAUCUCUGGUGGUCCGCAGCCUGGGGGGAUGGUGUUCGCGGUGCCCCACGGCACACGGGCUGUCAGGCUUGGUAAUGAAGCCUCCAUCUCCCAGUUAAUCUCAGUGAAGCCAGGGACUUUAUAUUCCCUUACCUUCAGUGCUUCAAGAACAUGUGCACAGGACGAGAUACUGAGGGUCUCUGUUCCACCUCUAACUGGUGAACUCCCCCUUCAGACACUCUACAGCAGUGAUGGUGGUGAUACUUACGCAUGGGGGUUCAGGCCUAACUCUAGCAUUGCUCGGCUUACCUUUCACAACCCAGGGAUUCAAGAAGACCCUGCUUGUGGACCUCUUCUGGAUGCUGUUGCAAUCAAGGAGUUAUCCCCUCCAUUACCAACAAGAGUUAAUCUGGUAAGAAAUGGUGGCUUUGAAGAGGGACCUAUUAUAUUCAAGAACUCUUCCUCUGGUGUGCUUCUCCCCCCGAAACAAGAAGACUUAACAUCUCCACUUCCUGGCUGGAUUGUGGAAUCCCUGAAAGCAGUAAAAUACAUUGAUGCCCGCCAUUUUGCAGUCCCAUCAGGACUUGCUGCAGUCGAGCUUGUUGCUGGAAGAGAGAGUGCCAUUGCUCAAGUGAUAAGAACAGUGCCCAACAAAAUGUAUAUCCUUGCGUUCAAAGUUGGUGAUGCGAAGAACUCCUGCCAUGGGUCGAUGCUGGUUGAAGCAUUUGCAGGAAAGCAAACGCUCAAGGUUCCCUUUGAAUCCAAAGGGCUAGGUGGGUUUAAAGCAGCAAGCCUCAAGUUCACAGCCGUUGGGGAAACAACACGGAUUACUUUCUUCAGCUCUUUCUACCACACAAAGGCUAACGAUCCUGCUUCCCUUUGUGGGCCUGUGAUCGACGAAGUCAUGGUUUUUCCUACCAAGUGACCAGCUGACUGUAAGGAACAGUAGUUUAUAAUUGUGUAAAACUAUCUGCAUUUGGCCCUCAGAGAUUCAUGGUAACUGUCUGCAGAUUUUUCCUGUUUGUUUCCAUGUAACGUUUGCUACCAUAAAUGAAGUUGGGAUACAAGUGAAAUUUCGGUCUCCA